UUCUCGCGAGAUUGUGACGAUUCACGCAUCUUGCAGUCAACAUGGCAGACACUGUGACAGAAGCACCGGCUGUCAAUGCUACUAUGAACGAAACAGCAGCUAAUGCCACGACUAAAAUCCCUGCCACUCCAGAGGGAAUGGCAAUUGCAUAUGGCAGUUUAUGUCUGAUGGCAGUUCUUCCGAUUUUCUACGGCGCUGUGCGCUCCGUGAAGUACCAUACGGACCAGAGGGAGUCUGGUGAUAAACCUGAAACAAUGUCUCACAAAGAUGCAGCCAUGUUUCCCAUUAUUGCCAGUGGAACACUUUUUGGAAUAUAUUUAAUUUUCCAGAUUUUCUCCAAAGAGUACAUUAACCUCCUGCUGGCGGUGUAUUUCUUCUUCCUAGGAGUCUUUGCUUUAGCCAAUCUUGUUGGCCCUCUGUUUUCGAGGUAUAUUCCAGCAGCAUUCCCCAACAUGGAGUAUCAUCUGAUAUUUACUCAAGGGAAGGAGAAAAAAGAAGAGCUGAUGAAUUAUGAGUUUGAUAGAAAAGAUAUUCUGUGUCAUGCAGUGUGUGCAGUGAUCGGUGUGUGGUAUCUUGUGAAAAAGCACUGGAUUGCCAACAACCUGUUUGGUCUGGCCUUUGCUAUCAGUGGGGUAGAAAUCCUCUCCCUCAACAGAAUCAGCACGGGACUCAUACUCCUGGGGGGACUGUUUGUCUAUGAUAUAUUCUGGGUAUUUGGGACUAAUGUAAUGGUUACUGUUGCCAAAUCAUUCGAUGCUCCAAUCAAAUUGGUAUUCCCACAAGAUUUGUUGGAGAAGGGGCUUGCUGCCAAUAACUUUGCCAUGCUAGGUUUAGGUGACAUAGUCAUUCCAGGAAUCUUCAUUGCCCUCCUGCUCAGAUUUGAUGUCAGCCAAAAGAAAAACUCCAAAACCUACUUUUAUGCCAGUUUUCUAGCCUACUGUCUUGGUCUUGGGGCCACCAUUCUAGUCAUGCAUGUGUUCAAACAUGCUCAGCCUGCCUUGCUCUACCUGGUGCCAGCCUGUACCAGCUUCCCUCUCCUUACAGCUUUGAUAAAGGGAGAGCUCAAAGAAAUGUUCAGUUUUGAAGACCAUCCAGAAAAAACGGAUGAAACGACUGAUGAAAAGACUGAUGAAAAGAAGGCCAAGAAAGAGAAGUAGAGGAAGUGACUGAGCUCUAGAGUUAAUGUCAGUGAACCAGCACUGCCACAACAGUUGUAAAUUAUUUGUUUUUAAAAGAUGUUUUAUCUUUAUGUUGAUGAUGAUGUCUUUGUAAAUGUUAUGUUUAACACAGAAAACCAUCUUUUUGAGGCUAAUGGUUAUUAACAGCAGCCUCUGAAUUACUUUUCUUUUUGUCAACGAUCUGAUGUCUGUUUCUCUCUUUAAUGCUGUAAAGAUAUUUAUUAUCGUAUUAGAAUAAAUGGAGAGUGACUUUCAGAGAUUAUAAAGAAAUUUUGUCCAAGAGUGGAAUUUUACAAUUUCCUCUGAGCAAGUUUGUACAUUGGUGUGAAUGGGUGACAGAUCUAUAGUGAGUAAGAGAGUUGAAGGCUGGGCUUGCUUUGUCAUUUUAUCCUUACAUAUAUCAUGUCCUGAAUUGCAAUAUCAUGACACCCAAAUACACUCUUUUUUUCAUUUCAUUUUGUUAUAGUACAUAAAUCUGUUUUGGUAAUCAGCAAAUUAUUGAUGUGGUUGAAGAAUAAAGAUAUAUAAGUAUAUUGAAUAAAAAAUGUGUACACAUGACA